AUGGUUGAAGAAGCAUUGUCUAACUUUGGUUUGUUCAUUGAUGAUGAAAAUAAAAUUCGUUUGAUCGACCCAGAACGAGUAACUGAUUCAGCUGAACUACGUGAUGAAUGCAAAGAUUUUACUGAUAAUGUACUCGAAUUUAAAAAAAUUGUUGAUACAUUAAUUGAAAAAACUGAGGAAUAUGCAAAACAAGUUGAAGCAGCAAGACUUAAAUCAAUUGGAGCAAAAAAUAUGUUGAAAUCUGCAGCUAAAUAUCGUGAAUUUGAAAAACAACAAUUACAAUCAUUAAUUAAAGAAAAAGUUGUUGAACUUGAGCGACUUCGUGCAGAAUAUGAAUCAUUACAAAAAACUGAACGUGAACAAAAUGAAAAAAUGGAACAACUUUCAUUAAAAGCUUUUAUCUUUGUAUUAUUAACUACAAAAUUUUAUUGUCAAAAUGUAACCGUACAAUUUCAAACAUUUCCAGUUAAUACAGAUAUUGGAUCAUGUACGUGUGAUUUAACUGCAAGUAAAUGCGAUGUGUCAUGUUGUUGUGAUCUUGAUUGUACGUCAUAUGAUCAACAAGCAUUUUCAUGUACUUCGAGAGACAAUAAAUAUACAAAUACAACACCAAUUCUAUCUACUGUUCAACCAUCAUGUUACAAAAAUCUAUCCAUAUUUGAAUCAAAUUCACCCUAUAUUAUUCAAAAAAUGGGCGAACUUGUUUGUAUAGAUUUUCAACGAUAUAGUGGAAGUCAAUAUUAUCAACAACCAAAUGUUCAAACAUUGGAUCCGGGUUCUUUUGUACGAACAAUUAAUAGAGAAAAUAGUGUAUCAGCACCAUCUGGAUUAUCAACUAAUCUUACUUUUUAUGAAGUCGGUACGUCGAUACUGACAUAUAACAUGGCAAGACAGGCACCGAUUUAUUUUUCUCUGCCAGUGAAACUAUUCAAUAAUCAAUUGUGUUCUGGAUCACAAUCGAUCACUUAUAUGAAUGAUUUUACAUCAGCGUGUAGUCGAUUAGUGACUGAAGGCACAUGUAAUGGAACUCUUAAUCCUUCGACAUAUAUGAACCCUCUUUGUCUUAUUAGAUCUCCUGCAGCACCCUUUGAUAACUCAACAUACAUUUGUGAUAGGACAAAUAUUAUUUCGGCAAAUUUUGCUGGAGGCACUUGUUCAAGUGCUCUUAAAAGUUUAACUAUUAAAAUUUUCUAUUCAAAUCCAACUGGAAUAGUAAAUGUGACUGUUACUCCAGUAACUGAUAACCCAGCAAAUGGUACAACUUUUGAACAAACAUUUAUUGUUCAAUUUAUUCAAAAUGAUUCAUCAUCAUCAUCAUCAUCAGGCGUAGCACGUAAUCCAGGUUAUCUUCAAAGUGCUAAUCUUAUAGUGGGUAUCGCAAAUGGAUCUGCAGUCGAUGUAUCAACUACUCAAACAACCUGUCCUAAUCUCUAUGAUUUACUUAUGCCUAUUAAUUCAACUAAUUUGUAUGUAGCUGCUUAUAGUAAUUCAGAUCAGUUCAAUAUUACCACUGAUUGGUUACCAGUUAUAUCAUGUGUAUCCGAAAUAGGAUCUCCAAGUAAUCGUCUAUGUCAAAAUGGUAUUAAGAUAAGUCCAAGUGUGAAUGGUUUGUGUGAUGUUAAAUUAGAUAUUCAAAUAGCUUAUACAAAGAUUGGUUCUAUUAGUAAUCCACAAUCUGUAUUGAGCGCAGUUAUCUUUCAUUAUCAAGGAAGAACAGUGGCAUCAACAGAUCCAUUAAGUGAAACAUUACUUGUUAUGGAAAGUGUUACUUUUCAAGAUAUAUCAAUCACAUCUGUUACUGAACAAGGUCAAAUACCAUCACCAAAUGCUCGUUUACCAGCCGAUUUCUUCUAUCCAUUCUCUACUAAUCAAGCAACGAAAUUUAUGAAAUACUCAUUAUUUCAUUAUCUUUUGAUUAGUAUUCUUUUUAGUCUCAUGUAG